GCUAAUGGUCAUUUCCUUAUUUUUUCCAGAUAUGAAUGACUGUUAUAAAUGCCCAGACAAAGAAUAUCCAAGCAAGAACCGGGAUGAAUGUCUACCCAAGUAUAUCAGCUUCUUGUCAUAUGAAGAACCUUUGGGCAUUAGUUUAGCCUGUUGCUCUCUUUCCCUUUUCUUGAUCACAGCUCUGGUUCUAGGUACAUUUAUAAAACAUCAAGACACACCCAUUGUCAUUGCAAACAACCGAAACCUCACCUACACUCUCCUCAUCUCUCUCCUGCUCUGCUUCCUUUGUGCAUUGCUCUUCAUUGGCCGACCAGAGAAGGUCACGUGCCUCCUCCGACAAACAGCUUUUGGCAUCAUCUUCUCAACCGCUGUUUCUUGUGUCCUGGCAAAAACCUUCACAGUGGUUUUGGCCUUCAUGGCUACAAAACCAGAAUCCAGGAUGAGGAAAUGGGUGGGGAAAGGACUAGGCCACUCCAUUCUCCUUUCCUGCUCCAUUGUUCAAGUGGGCAUAUGUACUGUGUGGCUGGCAACCUCCCCUCCAUACCCAGAUGUGGACAUGCAAUCAGUGACAGAAGAAAUUAUACUAGAAUGUAAUGAGGGGUCUGUGACAAUGUUUUACUGUGUCCUCAUCUACAUGAGCUGCCUGGCCACUGUAAGUUUUGUUGUGGCUUUCUUUGCCAGGAAGUUACCAGACAGUUUCAAUGAAGCCAAGUUUAUCACUUUCAGCAUGUUGGUCUUCUGCAGUGUUUGGCUGUCCUUUAUUCCUUCCUACCUGAGCACCAAGGGAAAAUAUAUGGUAGCUGUGGAGAUCUUCUCCAUCUUAGCCUCCGGUGUUGGUUUGCUGUGUUGCAUCUUUUCCCCUAAAUGUUACAUAAUCAUUCUGAGGCCUGAGCUGAACAACAGGGAGCAGUUAAUAAGGAUGAAAAAUUAA